AUAUUACAAGAACGUCUCAGAUCUAAGAGGCGCGCAUAUAGGAAUAGAUCCAAACGAGAAUCGACUUUUCUCUUUCAUUUUCCUUUUGGUUCUCGAGAAAGACAGAAAGGAAAAUGGAACGGUUCAUCAACAACUUGCCUCCUAUGGAUCUGAUGCGCUCCGAGAAGAUGACGUCCGUGCAGCUCAUUAUUCCCGUUGAAUCCGCUCACCGAGCAGUCUCCUAUCUCGGCGAACUCGGUCUCUUCCAGUUUCGCGAUUUAAAUGCUGAUAAGAGCCCAUUUCAACGAACAUUUGUUAAUCAGGUAAAGCGGUGUGGAGAGAUGUCAAGAAAGCUUCGGUUUUUCAAAGAUCAAAUCAAUAAAGCUGGUCUGCUGUCUCCAGUACGUCCUAAUUUGGAGCCAGAUGUUGAACUGGGGGAAUUAGAGCUGCAACUUGUUGAGCAUGAGCAUGAGCUGAUUGAAAUAAACUCUAACAGUGAAAAACUACAGCAAACAUAUAAUGAGCUGCUGGAGUUCAAGAUGGUAUUGCAAAAGGCUGCUGGUUUUCUUGUGUCAAGUAAUGGUCAUGCUGUUGCAGAGGAAGUGGAAUUAAGUGAGAAUAUAUACUCAAAUGAUGAUUACGGUGAGACAGCAUCAUUACUUGAACAGGAAAUGAGGCCUAGACCAUCAGACCAAUCUGGCUUGCAAUUCAUCAGUGGGAUUGUUUCCAAACCAAAAGUUCUUAGAUUUGAGAGGAUGUUGUUUCGUGCUACCAGAGGCAAUAUGCUUUUUAAUCAAGCGCCAGCUGAUGAAGAGAUCAUGGAUCCUAUGUCAACCGAAAUGGUUGAGAAAAUAGUCUUUGUAGUUUUCUUCUCAGGAGAGCAGGCAAGGACAAAGAUUUUGAAAAUCUGUGAAGCAUUUGGAGCAAAUUGCUAUCCUGUCCCUGAAGACCUUUCUAAACAGAGGCAAAUUACUAGAGAAGUCUUGGAGAAAGCUGUAUAUGAUACCCUGAAUAUGUUGAAUUUCGAUGUUACAAAAAAAUGUCUUGUAGGAGAGGGUUGGUGUCCUAUUUUUGCAAAAGCUCAGAUUCAGGAGGCACUCCAACGAGCAACAUUUGAUAGUAGUUCUCAAGUGGGCAUAAUUUUUCAUGUCAUGGAUGCUGUUGAAUCACCUCCUACAUAUUUCAGAAUAAACCGUUUCACAAAUGCAUUUCAGGAGAUUGUUGAUGCAUAUGGUGUUGCUAGAUAUCAAGAGGCAAAUCCUGCAGUCUACACAGUUAUCACAUUUCCAUUUCUUUUUGCGGUGAUGUUUGGGGAUUGGGGUCAUGGAAUAUGCCUGUUGCUGGGAGCUUUGGUCCUCAUAGCUCGGGAAAGCAGGCUCAGUACUCAGAAACUUGGGAGCUUUAUGGAGAUGUUAUUUGGGGGUCGCUACGUACUUCUUUUGAUGUCGCUUUUUUCAAUUUAUUGUGGACUGAUUUACAAUGAAUUCUUCUCUGUGCCCUUUCACAUAUUUGGUGGGUCUGCUUACAAAUGCCGAGAUGCUACAUGUAGAGAUGCAGGCUCAGCUGGUUUAGUUAAAUAUCGAGAUCCAUACCCAUUUGGUGUUGAUCCCAGCUGGCGUGGAAGUCGUUCAGAAUUGCCUUUUCUCAACUCUGUUAAAAUGAAGAUGUCAAUUUUGCUGGGUGUGGCCCAGAUGAACCUAGGAAUUAUAUUAAGCUAUUUCAAUGCAUGCUUUUUUGGAAGCUCGUUGGAUAUUAGGUAUCAAUUUGUGCCACAGAUGAUCUUUCUUAACAGCCUUUUUGGAUAUCUUUCUCUUCUCAUCAUUAUCAAGUGGUGCACUGGUUCUCAGGCAGACCUUUAUCAUGUGAUGAUUUACAUGUUUUUGAGUCCUACUGAUGAUCUUGGUGAUAAUCAAUUAUUCUGGGGGCAGAGACCACUUCAGAUCCUAUUACUUCUUUUAGCUAUAGUUGCAGUUCCCUGGAUGCUAUUUCCUAAACCUUUCAUUUUGAAGAAGCUUCAUUCUGAGAGAUUUCAAGGUAGCACCUAUGGGAUGCUUGGUACUUCUGAGAUGGACCUUGAUGUGGAACCUGAUUCUGCAAGGCAACAUCAUGAGGAAUUUAAUUUUAGUGAGGUUUUCGUUCAUCAAAUGAUACACUCUAUAGAGUUUGUUCUAGGUGCAGUCUCAAACACAGCAUCCUACCUUCGUCUUUGGGCUUUAAGCUUGGCACAUUCUGAACUAUCAACUGUCUUCUAUGAGAAAGUCUUGCUACUUGCUUGGGGGUAUGACAACUUUGUCAUUCGGUUAGUGGGUCUAGCAGUUUUUGCCUUUGCAACUGCUUUCAUAUUACUCAUGAUGGAGACCCUCAGUGCUUUCCUACAUGCCUUGCGUCUUCAUUGGGUAGAAUUUCAAAAUAAGUUCUACCAUGGUGAUGGUUAUAAGUUCAAACCUUUCUCCUUCGCCUCCAUUGCUGAUGAUGAUGACUAGUUAAAUCAUUUAUCUUGAAUUUUAUUUUUGGAUAAAGAUCACAAGAGAAGAGGAGGAAAUUUUUAAAGGAGAGAGGUUGGCUUAAAAUGUAAAUUGAUAGGCACCAUGUUUGGCUGGCACAAGCAAGCAUUAAAGGAUUCGAGUGUCGGCUUUCAAAUGUGUUGACAUAGCAAGAUUUUGAAGGUAAGCCCAUGACGAGGGUUUGCAAUUUUUUUCCCUAAAGGUCUUAGAAUGAUUUAUUUUUCUUUUACCUGCUAAGGAUGUAGCGUUUUUGUUGUAAAGGGGAGCUGAAGAAAAUGAUCUAUAUACCGUGUAGAUUUUCUUGGUUCAGUUAUUUGGGGUAGAUUAGGAAAUGCAUACGAAUUCUACAGGUAAUUUAGUCUUUUUUUCUAGUAACAUUAUUGAUGUAAUGACCAAUAACAAUCUCACAGAUUUCAAUUUUUACAUUUAGAAACACAAGUGAAUAACUGGUUUCAAGUUCU